UCGCUACAUAUCCUUCCGCUAGACCCACUAACAAAGCUCGAAAUCUCAGACAUCUAUCAAUUGAUAUACUAAAAAAAGCAUUUCUUUUUCCUAUCAUCCAUACCAAUAUCGAAUGUUCUAUGACAACAAAGACUCAGGCCUUUUUUGGGGGGACUAUUUUGUGUUUAGCUGAAGAAUAUAUCAGAGCCUAAGGUGCAAAUGUACCAAACCCAAAAUAGAGCAGAGAUGCUGAUUUGAGCCAAGGUGAGAUCUUGGUGAGAUCAACAGGACCAGUGGCCUUACAUAAAUCUCCAACCACUCAGAAAAGAUAUUUUACUGUAAAUUCAGAGGAGUACCCAAAUACCAAGUUUGAUAUGAUGUUAUAACGAUUAUUUCUAGCACAAUAGUCUCAUCUCAUGAGAUUGCCUGAGGAAAAAAAUCCAGAAGCAAGGACCAUCCUAGGACACCUGAGGACAGGUGAGGCAGACGUAGGUGUGAAAUGCAGGGACACAUUACCUUAUAUAGUCAACAGCAAAGGAUAUGAGAGCAUCUCUUUGCAUAUUCUUGCUGACGAGACGAGGUCUUCCGACUGUGCAGAGAGAGGGGCAUCUUUCUAGAUGGACCGAGAGCAGCACUCCAUCCAGCUAGAAAAACAGCAUGUCCACGACGUGUACGAUCGGAUUGCGCCGCACUUCAGCGACACACGCUACAAGGCCUGGCCUCAGGUCAAACAGUUCCUCUUGGAGCAGGAGCCAGGAAGCCUUAUUGCAGAUGUCGGAUGUGGAAAUGGGAAGUACUUGGACAUCAACCCGUUCACAUAUAAGCUCGGCUCGGACCACUGCAACAGUCUCGCCAGCAUCGCAGGAAGCAGGGGUCACGAGGUCAUGGUCUGUGACAACCUACGGCUGCCCUAUCGUGACAACUGUUUCGACGCUGCUAUCUCCAUCGCGGUGGUCCACCAUUUUGCCACGGUGGAAAGGAGGGUGGCGGCGAUACGGGAGUUGGCGCGAGUGGUACGGCCGGGCGGACAGGUUAUGAUUUAUGUGUGGGCGCUGGAGCAACAACACAGAAAGUUUGAGGCUCAAGAUGUCCUAGUCCCCUGGCACAUGCAAGCACACUACCUCCAAAGUACAGCACACAAUACCCCUAAGAAGCAGAAGAAGAUUAAAGACAAGUCCAAGAGAAACAAUCACCAUGUUCAAGAUCAUCAAGACUCCUCGAGUAAGUCCAUCCUUAGCCAAAGACCAAGUAACAACCAACACUCCCUGCACAAGAAUCACUCGCAAAGUGCAUUACAGCAAAGUUCCAAGUGCCAAGAGCCAACCAAAAGAAGGGGAAGCUUCUCAAUCCUAGGUCUGAACCUCCCCUUCACCGAGCGGAACGGAUAUCACUGGAACUCGGAGACCAGUCUGUUCCGUAGCCUGUGGAACAACAGCAUGGAACAGCUUUCCCAGGGGGAGGACAGCUACGACAAGAGAACAGCCACCUCUGUGGAAGGCUUAGACCACCAGAAUGUAACAAACAACUGCAAAACAAAUGGCGUCACGGAAGCGUAUCUUAAAGCGGAACGGCGGACUCGAUCGCUGGAUAUCGAGAACACAGAGGACAACGACGGCGUAGAAGUCUCCAUACCAAACGGCGAAACAAGAGAGCAACAAAACAAAUACGGUCCAGCAGACAGAGCAAGGAAACCGCUGGAACAAAUCCGACAAGAACAGGAACAUAUCCGUGGGCGUUCCCACUCACUUGGCGGAGAAGAUACCAACGAGAAGUAUUACCGAAAUCACCACAAAAAGCCCGAGGCGACACAUGCGGAUGCGGAGGAUUUGUCGCAGUACCACAGGUACUAUCACGUGUUCAGGGAGGGCGAACUGGCAGGUCUGAUAGAGGAAAAUGUGGAAAAUCUACACAUUCUGCAAGACUUCUACGAUCAUGCUAACUGGUGUGUCAUUGCAGAAAAGGUUCAGGUGUGGAAGAUCUAAAAAUGGUGAUAACAUAUCAAAGAAGUACUUAAAGUCUUGAACAUUGCUGCUGCCAUCAUUGUAAGAU